AUGUCGAGUCUCCCGAACCUGAGUGCGCUAGAACUCCGCAUUCUAGAACUGUCGCGCGCACAGAAGUUCUGUUCGUACGAUAGCAUGCCGGAAAGUGUGUGCGUCGCAGCAGAAGAUUCAUCGUCCUCAGAUAUACCGGAGUCACCGCCGUCCUCACCAGGAUCUGAUCGUGCCGGGAACGCGGGCUGGUGUUCUUGCGGGAAGUGCAAACCGAUGGAUACCGCGGAUGAGUGUUUGUGCUGCCGGGAGGUAGAGAACGUCUGUAAAAAGCAGACGGUCAACUGCAUUACAGACAACAAAUAUUUCGAGAUACUCUGCCUCGACACCGAAGUUCUGCGAGUGUCUUUUACGUACAUCCGAGAUACUGAAGAGUAUGGCAACAUACGUGACAUCGCCGUGAACAAGAAAAACCGUUAUAUCGCCUAUCGGCAAUUCACAAGGUGGAUAUGGGGUGGUCUGGGAAAGCACCAUAGGAAGAUUCUUCCUGCCUGCGUGGUGCAUGCCAUUAGGGAUGCUUUUCCAUCAGAUGUGUAUAAGGGCUUUGAACCUGCACACUUGUAA